AUGGCACAGGCACUGCUGGUACCCCCAGGACCUGACAGCUUCCGAUAUUUUACUAGAGAAUCUCUCGCUACUAUCGAAAAACGCUCUGCAGAAGAGAAAGCUAAGAAGGCCAAAAGAGAACUCAAAGAGGAUGAUGAUGAAAACAAGCCAAAGCCAAAUAGUGACUUGGAAGCAGGAAAAUCUCUCCCAUUUAUUUAUGGAGACAUUCCUCCUGGAAUGGUGUCAGAACCCUUGGAGGACCUUGACCCAUACUAUAUCAACAAAAAAACUUUUAUAGUAUUGAAUAAAGGAAAGGCAAUCUUUCGAUUCAGUGCCACAUCUGCCUUGUAUAUUUUAACUCCUCUCAACCCUGUUAGAAAAAUUGCUAUUAAGAUUUUGGUACAUUCUUUAUUCAGCAUGCUCAUUAUGUGCACUAUUCUGACCAACUGUGUAUUUAUGACCAUGAGUAACCCUCCGGAAUGGACAAAGAAUGUAGAGUACACAUUUACAGGAAUUUAUACCUUUGAAUCACUUAUUAAAAUUUUGGCAAGAGGUUUCUGCUUGGAAGGCUUUACUUUCCUUCGUGAUCCAUGGAACUGGUUGGAUUUCAGUGUCAUUUUAAUGGCAUAUGUGACAGAAUUUGUGGACCUGGGCAAUGUCUCAGCGUUGAGAACAUUCAGAGUUCUCCGAGCACUGAAAACUAUUUCGGUCGUUCCAGGUUUAAAAACUAUUGUGGGGGCCCUGAUCCAGUCAGUGAAGAAGCUUUCUGAUGUCAUGAUCCUGACUGUGUUUUGUCUGAGUGUAUUUGCACUCAUUGGGCUCCAGCUGUUCAUGGGCAACCUGAGGAAUAAAUGUUUGCAAUGGCCCCCAGGCAAUUUUACUUUUGAAACAAACAUUACUUCCUACUUUAAUAGUACAAUAGAUGUAAAUGGGACAUCUGUUAACACAACAAUGAGCACAUUUAACUGGAAGGACUACAUUGAAGAUAAAAGCCAUUUUUAUUUUUUGGAUGGACAAAAUGAUGCUUUACUCUGUGGAAACAGCUCAGAUGCAGGUCAUUGUCCAGAAGGAUAUAUAUGUGUGAAAGCUGGUAUUAAUCCCAAUUAUGGCUACACUAGCUUUGACACCUUCAGCUGGGCCUUCUUGUCUUUGUUCCGACUAAUGACUCAAGAUUACUGGGAAAACCUUUACCAGCUGACACUACGUGCUGCAGGAAAAACAUAUAUGAUAUUUUUUGUUCUGGUGAUUUUCUUGGGCUCGUUCUAUUUGGUGAACUUGAUCCUAGCUGUGGUUGCCAUGGCUUAUGAGGAACAAAAUCAGGCCACCUUAGAAGAGGCAGAACAGAAGGAGGCUGAGUUUCAGCAGAUGCUGGAACAACUUAAAAAACAACAAGAAGAAGCUCAGGCAGUAGCAGCAGCAUCAGCUGCGUCAAGAGAUUUCAGUGGAAUAGGUGGGCUAGGGGAGCUCUUGGAAAGCUCUUCAGAAGCAUCAAAAUUGAGCUCUAAAAGUGCUAAAGAAAGAAGAAACAGAAGGAAGAAAAGAAAACAGAAGGAGCAAUCUGGAGGAGGUCAAGGAGAGAGUGAUAAGUUUCCCAAAUCUGAAUCCGAAGACAGUGUCAGGAGAAGUUUCCAUAUAUCUGUGGAUGGAAGUCGACUGAAUUAUGAAAAGAGAUUCUCUUCUCCUCACCAGUCUCUGCUGAGCAUCCGUGGCUCCCUGUUUUCCCCAAGGCGCAAUAGCAAAACGAGCAUUUUCAGCUUCAGAGGUCGAGCAAAGGAUGUCGGCUCUGAAAAUGAUUUUGCUGAUGAUGAGCACAGCACAUUUGAAGACAAUGAGAGCAGGAGAGACUCACUAUUUGUGCCGCACAGACAUGGAGAACGACGCCACAGUAACGUUAGUCAGGCCAGUAUGUCAUCCAGGAUGGUGGUGCCAGUGCUUCCAGCCAAUGGGAAGAUGCACAGCACUGUGGAUUGCAAUGGUGUGGUUUCCUUGGUGGGUGGACCUUCAACACUUACUUCACCUCCUGGACAUCUUCCACCAGAGGUGAUAAUAGAUAAACACACUACUAUUGACAUGAUACUAUUUUAUUUGCAGGGUACCACUACAGAAACUGAAGUGAGAAAAAGGAGGUUAAGUUCUUACCAGAUUUCUAUGGAGAUGCUAGAAGAUUCCUCUGGAAGGCAAAGAGCUAUGAGUAUAGCCAGCAUAUUAACUAACACCAUGGAAGAACUUGAAGAAUCCAGGCAGAAAUGUCCACCAUGUUGGUAUAGAUUUGCUAAUACUUUCCUCAUCUGGGACUGCUGGGAUCCAUGGUUAAAAGUGAAACGCAUUGUUAAUCUAAUUGUGAUGGAUCCAUUUGUUGAUCUUGCCAUCACCAUCUGCAUUGUCUUAAACACUCUAUUUAUGGCCAUGGAACACUACCCUAUGACUCAGCAAUUCAACAGUGUGCUGUCUGUAGGAAACCUGGUCUUUACUGGAAUCUUCACAGCUGAAAUGGUUCUCAAGAUAAUUGCUAUGGAUCCAUAUUAUUAUUUCCAAGAGGGUUGGAAUAUCUUUGAUGGCAUUAUUGUCAGCCUUAGUUUAAUGGAGCUCGGCCUAGCCAACGUGGAAGGAUUGUCAGUUCUCCGAUCAUUUAGACUGCUUCGGGUUUUCAAGUUGGCAAAAUCUUGGCCAACACUGAACAUGCUGAUAAAGAUCAUUGGCAACUCAGUGGGGGCUCUGGGAAACCUGACCUUGGUGUUGGCCAUCAUUGUCUUUAUUUUUGCUGUGGUCGGCAUGCAGCUUUUUGGCAAGAGCUACAAAGAAUGUGUCUGCAAGAUCUCUAGUGAUUGUGAACUUCCACGCUGGCACAUGCAUGACUUCUUCCAUUCCUUCCUGAUUGUGUUCCGGGUGCUGUGUGGAGAAUGGAUAGAGACUAUGUGGGACUGUAUGGAGGUGGCAGGCCAAACCAUGUGCCUUAUUGUUUUCAUGUUGGUCAUGGUGAUUGGGAACCUGGUGGUGCUGAAUCUGUUUCUGGCCUUGCUGUUGAGCUCAUUUAGUUCAGACAAUCUUGCUGCUACUGAUGAUGAUAAUGAAAUGAACAAUCUCCAGAUUGCUGUUGGGAGAAUGCAGAAGGGGAUAGAUUAUGUGAAAAAAGAAAUACGGGAAUGUGUCCAAAAAGCAUUUGUUGGAAAGCCAAAAGCUAUAGAAAUUAAAGUCCUUGAAGGCAAUAAGAUAGAAAGCUGCAUUUCCAAUAAUACUCCAGUUGAAAUAAGCAAAGACCUUAAUUAUCUGAAAGAUGGUAAUGGAACUACCAGUGGUGUCGGUACAGGAAGCAGUGUGGAAAAAUAUAUAAUUGAUGAAAAUGAUUACAUGUCAUUCAUAAACAACCCCAGCCUUACUGUAACAGUACCAAUUGCAGUUGGAGAAUCUGAUUUUGAAAACUUAAAUACUGAAGAUUUUAGCAGUGAAUCAGAACUGGAAGAAAGCAAAGAGAAAUUAAAUGCAUCCAGUUCAUCUGAAGGCAGCACAGUUGAUGUUGCCCCUCCCAGAGAAGGUGAACAAGCUGAAAUUGAACCUGAAGAAGACCUUGAGCCAGAAGCCUGUUUUACUGAAGGCUGCAUAAAGAAGUUCCCAUUUUGCCAAGUAAGUAUAGAAGAAGGCAAAGGAAAAAUCUGGUGGAAUCUUAGGAAAACCUGCUACAGCAUUGUUGAACACAAUUGGUUUGAAACAUUUAUUGUCUUCAUGAUCCUUCUCAGCAGUGGUGCUCUGGCUUUUGAAGACAUUUACAUUGAACAACGAAAGACCAUUAAGACAAUGUUGGAAUAUGCUGACAAGGUCUUCACUUAUAUUUUCAUUCUGGAAAUGCUCCUAAAGUGGGUGGCCUAUGGUUUUCAAACAUAUUUCACUAAUGCUUGGUGCUGGCUGGAUUUCUUGAUUGUUGAUGUAUCAUUGGUUAGCUUGGUAGCCAAUGCCCUGGGGUACUCAGAACUUGGUGCCAUCAAAUCCCUUCGAACACUACGAGCUUUAAGACCUCUGAGAGCAUUAUCCAGAUUUGAAGGAAUGAGGGUGGUUGUGAAUGCUCUGGUUGGAGCCAUUCCCUCCAUCAUGAAUGUCCUGUUGGUUUGUCUCAUAUUCUGGCUCAUCUUCAGCAUCAUGGGAGUAAAUUUAUUUGCUGGCAAAUUUUACCACUGUGUUAAUGUCACAACUGGUAUCAAGUUCGAGGUUAAGGAAGUCAACAAUAUUACUGACUGUCAGGCUCUUGGAGAUCAGGCUCGGUGGAAAAAUGUGAAAGUAAACUUUGAUAAUGUGGGAGCUGGAUAUCUUGCCCUGCUUCAAGUGGCCACAUUUAAAGGAUGGAUGGAUAUUAUGUAUGCAGCUGUUGAUUCACGAGAAGUAAAGCAACAACCUGACUAUGAAGUCAAUUUAUACAUGUAUUUAUACUUUGUCAUCUUUAUCAUUUUUGGGUCAUUCUUCACCCUGAACCUAUUCAUUGGUGUCAUCAUAGACAACUUCAACCAGCAGAAAAAGAAGUUUGGAGGGCAAGACAUCUUUAUGACGGAGGAACAGAAAAAAUAUUAUAAUGCAAUGAAGAAACUAGGAUCGAAGAAACCCCAGAAACCUAUUCCUAGACCAGCAAAUAAAUUCCAGGGAAUGGUCUUUGAUUUUGUAACCAGACAAGUCUUCGAUAUCAGCAUCAUGAUUCUCAUCUGCCUUAAUAUGGUCACCAUGAUGGUGGAGACUGACGAUCAGAGCGAUGAUAUGACUAACAUUCUGUCCCGAAUUAACCUGGUGUUCAUUGUCCUCUUCACUGGAGAAUGUGUACUGAAGAUGAUCUCUCUCCGCCAUUAUUAUUUCACCAUAGGCUGGAACAUUUUUGAUUUUGUGGUGGUCAUCCUUUCCAUUGUGGGUAUGUUUCUAGCUGAAAUGAUAGAAAAAUAUUUCGUGUCCCCUACCCUAUUUCGAGUGAUCCGUCUUGCCAGGAUUGGACGAAUCCUCCGUCUUAUCAAAGGAGCAAAGGGGAUCCGCACACUUCUCUUUGCUUUGAUGAUGUCCCUCCCUGCUCUGUUCAACAUCGGGCUCCUGCUCUUCCUGGUCAUGUUUAUCUAUGCCAUCUUUGGAAUGUCCAACUUUGCUUAUGUUAAGAAGGAAUAUGGAAUCGAUGACAUGUUCAACUUUGAGACCUUUGGCAACAGCAUGAUCUGCCUCUUCCAAAUCACCACAUCUGCUGGUUGGGAUGGUUUGCUCGCACCCAUUCUUAACAGUGGACCCCCAGACUGCGACCCAGAAACAAUUCACCCUGGAAGCUCAGUCAAAGGAGAUUGUGGCAACCCCUCUGUUGGGAUUUUCUUUUUUGUCAGUUAUAUCAUCAUCUCAUUCCUGGUGGUGGUAAACAUGUACAUCGCUGUGAUCCUGGAGAACUUCAGUGUUGCUACUGAAGAAAGUGCUGAGCCGCUGAGUGAGGAUGAUUUUGAGAUGUUCUAUGAGGUUUGGGAGAAGUUUGACCCCGAUGCUACCCAAUUCAUAGAAUACAGUAAACUCUCUGAUUUUGCAGCCGCCCUCGAUCCACCUCUUCUUAUAGCAAAACCAAACAAAGUCCAACUCAUAGCCAUGGAUCUGCCCAUGGUAAGUGGAGACAGAAUUCACUGCCUUGACAUCUUAUUUGCUUUUACAAAGCGUGUUUUGGGUGAAAGUGGAGAGAUGGAUGCUCUCCGAAUACAGAUGGAAGAUCGGUUUAUGGCAUCUAAUCCUUCCAAAGUCUCUUAUGAGCCAAUCACAACUACUUUGAAACGGAAACAAGAAGAAGUUUCUGCUGCUAUCAUUCAGCGAAAUUUCAAAUGCUAUCUUUUUAGACAAAGGCUUAAAAGGGUACCAAAUGACUAUAACGAUGAUAAUGGUAAAGGUAGGGUAGACCUACCAAUUAAAGAACAUUUAAUUAUUGAUAAACUAAAUGGUAACACUACUCCAGAAAAGACAGAUGAAAGUUCCUCUACCACCUCUCCACCUUCAUAUGAUAGUGUAACGAAACCAGAUAAAGAAAAGUUUGAAAUGGACAAACUAGAAAAUGGAAGUAAAGGAAAAGAUGUCAGGGAAAAUAAAAAGUAA